UGCCAGCCAUGCAGUCAGUGCUGUCAGAUCUCUGUUGACCCCUCAAAUUAUUUCCUCUGUUGUCGCCUGAACGUGGAAACUUAGUCUGAGUAACUGGAAAUGGGAGGAAGCUUCUUGUUUUUGGACACCUAAAGUUAAGGCAGACAGGCAGCCAGGAUCCUAAAGAUGCCUGUCUGGGCUGUGGAUAUUCUUCAUAAAUCAGAGUUCUUGACAGCUUCGAGCACACGGUGGGCCGUCCUAAGUUCCUACAGCGACCCAGGGCACCCUGUGAGCAUGCAACCUGACAGAGGAAGAGGUUAACCCCUGCAGUGUCACUGCUAUCAUCAGCAAUUCCACUCUUCCCCUUUCUGAGAAGACAAUGAGUGAAGGAGUGACAGAGUCAGAGUUAUAAAGAUAAUUUAAAAAGAUUCCUUUUAUCUCCUGGAGUUCUUAGACAAUAUUUUUGUCUUGGACUAUUUGGAUCAUUAAGGACCUCUGGCAUGCAGAUAAACUUUGUCACGUGUGGGAUUAUUUUUGGCUGUUUUUUGACCACAACUAUUGAAGAGGAAAGAUCAACUCAGAAAAUCUCUGCAGAAAAGUCUGCAGGUAUAGUAACUACAUUUCUACCUUCUUCAGACUGGGUAAACAUCUUGGCAACCUUGUUGGGGCUUGCCUGGAACUCCUUUAGUUGAAGACUGCAGCAUUCCUUCAUGAUGUUUCCCCUACACUAUGAAGCGAUGGAAAUGAUUCCUGUAUGUUUUAAUUUGGAUUCUAUCAGCUUUGUUUUAACGCCUGACCUGGAUUCCUCCUUUCGCUUUGGUUUAUCAAACAAAGAGCCUUGUGGAAUGACUCCAGAACCGCCAGUCUUUUCAUAGAGAAAGAACUUCUACAUGCUGGAGUUUGCACAGGUCAGAUGUGCUGUCAGAUCCACAGCUGAGCUUCCUGGGAAGAAUUUCCAAAAGGAAAAUGAACAAAGAGGUGCGAGUGAUGAAGAAGGGGCCGCCAAGUAGUUACGGACACGGCCGGAGGCACUCGUGCUUGGGUUUUGAUGUGGAGAAUGGCCUGUCGGUGGGUCGCAGUCCACUGGACUCUCAGACUAGCCCAGGCUCUGGUCUGGUCCUUCAGGGCAACUUCCCUCACAGUCAGCGCCGUGAGUCUUUCCUCUACCGCUCCGACUCAGACUUUGAUCUGUCGCCCAAAGCCAUGUCUCGCAACUCCUCCACUGCCAGCGACCUGGAGGAAGGAUUGAAGCAUUGGGAAGUUAAUUGGCUACCUCGGCAUGGAGAAGACAUGAUUGUGACUCCAUUUGCACAGGUUUUAGCCAGUCUGCGAACAGUAAGAAGUAAUGUUGCUGCUUUAACGCAUCUCCAAGACCGUGUGGUAAACAAGCGACCAUCGAGCACCAGUCAGCCUCCUUUGUGCAAGCCGUGUCUUUCAGAAGAACCUUAUCAGAAGCUGGCGAUGGAGACUCUGGAAGAGCUGGAUUGGUGUCUGGAUCAGCUAGAGACUCUUCAGACAAGACACUCAGUCAGUGAGAUGGCAUCCAAUAAGUUUAAGAGGAUGCUGAACCGUGAGCUGACACAGCUAUCAGAGACCAGCCGCUCAGGGAACCAGGUGUCAGAGUACAUUGCCAGCACUUUUCUAGAGAAGCAACAUGACUUGGAGAUCCCGUCUCCGCCUGCUAAGGAGAAAGAGAAGAAGAAAAGGCCGAUGUCACAGAUUAGUGGUGUGAAAAAGGCCACACAAAGCCCAAGUUUAGCCCCUGCCAUCAUCCCUCGCUUUGGAGUCAACACACCACACGAGAGCAUGCUGGCAAAGGAAAUUGAGGACCUUAAUCGCUGGGGUAUGGAUAUUUUCAAACUAGCAGAAUAUUCUGGAAAUCGCCCUCUGACGGUGACCAUGUACUCCAUCUUCCAGGAGCGAGAUCUUCUGAAAACCUUCAAGGUGCCAAAUGACACCUUUCUCACCUUCAUGAUGACUUUAGAGGACCACUACCAUGCAGACGUAGCUUAUCACAACAACAUCCAUGCAGCUGAUGUGGUGCAAUCCACCCAUGUCCUCCUGUCAACUCCAGCUUUAGAGGCGGUGUUUACAGACCUAGAAAUCAUGGCUGCUCUUUUUGCAAGUGCCAUCCAUGAUGUCGACCAUCCUGGUGUCACCAACCAGUUCCUCAUAAACACCAGUUCUGAGUUGGCACUAAUGUACAACGAUUCAUCUGUGCUGGAGAACCACCACCUCGCUGUUGGCUUCAAGCUACUGCAAGAAGAAAACUGUGAUAUCUUCCAGAAUCUGAGCAAGAAACAGAAAGACUCCCUCAGAAAGAUGGUGAUUGACAUGGUGCUGGCCACAGAUAUGUCCAAACACAUGAACUUCUUGGCAGACAUGAAGACGAUGGUGGAGACCAAGAAAGUGACGAGUUUGGGAGUCCUGCUGCUAGACAAUUACUCUGACCGAAUCCAGGUUCUACAGAACAUGGUCCACUGUGCUGACUUAAGCAACCCAACCAAACCACUGGAGCUCUACCGAAAAUGGACAGACCGCAUCAUGGUGGAGUUUUUCACCCAGGGGGACAGAGAGCGGGACAAGGGGAUGGAGAUCAGCCCCAUGUGCGACAAACACAAUGCCUCCAUAGAAAAGAGCCAAGUGGGAUUCAUUGACUACAUCGUGCAUCCUCUGUGGGAGACCUGGGCAGAUCUGGUACACCCUGACGCCCAGGAUAUUUUGGACACGCUUGAGGAUAACAGGGAGUGGUAUCAGAGCAUGAUCCCCCGCAGCCCCUCGCCAACGAGCCCGGACGAGCACCACGCUGAGGUGGGACCGGCAGAUGGGACUCCAGGAGGAGCAGGAGGAGCUAUCCCAUCAGGAGGAGACAAAUUCCAGUUUGAACUCACACUGGAGGAAGAAGAGGAUGAGGAGGAAGUGGAGUCUGACCUCGAGAGCCCCUUAGAGGAGGAGUCUCUGACAAGGCGACACGAUUCCUCCUCGCCUUCCCUGCCUCCAGACCCCCGCAGUGGCAACAACAGCAGAUACCGCCCUCCCUCACCUCACCCAUCUCGGACCUUGAAUCUGGCCUCCAUGUCUGUGCGAAGCCCCCACCCUCACAGGACACAGGCCUCCCCGGGGCCGGAAGGUUCGGACAGGAACGGAGAGCUGAGUCAGGAGGGCGAUGGAGUGGCCUGCCUGCGGAUGGGAACGUAAUGACCAGCACCAGCCGCCCUGCUGAAGAGACAUGAGUGCUGGAUGUGUAGGCAGGGCGAGCCUUUGCCAACAAUGUCUGUAAAAUCACCACAGUCCCUUUACACUGGAGACACCCUCUCUAGAGAGCAGAGGAACGAUUCUCCUCUGCAUUUUUUUCUUUUUCAGCAAAAUGAAAUGUUUUCUCCUCUGUCUGAGUGCCUGAUAGGCCUUCCUGUUUCACAGCAGCCUCAGUUUGGAGCAUUCCUGAUGAAAAAAGUGCUGCAUUUAAGCUUGGAAGAGAGGAAUUAAGGCUUGUACUCACAAAAGGUAACAAAACCUAAAAGGAAAUGUCUUCCUCCAAAUAACUGUGACAUCCGAACAGCGAAUGAGGACUACCGUGGCGUGACAGGGUCUUGGAAAUUAUUUUGCACCAUUGUUUUUAAUUUAGAAUCUAGGAUUAUUGAGUUGGGAUAAGUGAGUAUGAUUUAUUUCUUUAAGGAUGACGUGUGAAAUGAGUCAUUUAACCAAAUAUGGGAUGUAGAUGAGAAAAUCGACGGACCUAAACCUCAGGGUAUGAAGUGAAGCAUAAACCUAAUGUAGCACAGGUGUACUGAUCCCCGACCCCAAACUGUCUGUCCUGUUCGUCUCAGUGAAAAAAUGAGACAUUGUCCAACAUGUGUGUCUUUACAUUUAUUUAAAUCCCUUUAAUAGAGAAUUUGGCAGAUGAGGCAAUCAGAUACUCAAACCAGCUUGUAGCACCAUAGGAACCGAACACUUUGGGCUGAACCUUAGUCUUGCCUGUUGAAAAGACACCAAUGUAUACUUAGUUUGAGCUUUAUCUAUGUUUUACCUUAUAUUUUAGAUUGUUUAUGUUUUAAUUUCUGUAAUAUUCCUUGUCGUGUGUUUGCUGGUCUCAUAUGUGUUUCUGUGCUUAAAAAAGCAUUUUUUUAAUCAGGGUGCCUCCGGUCCGCAGUAGCACUUUACCGUCUUUAGAGUUCAGCUCUUGUAUUUAGUCACACAAAGGGCUUCACCCACUGUAGGCCUACUGAUCACAAACAAACCUGUACAGGACAUGAAACUACAGCUACCAGAAGGCAGGGCAGGCCCUAAAAUUCAGUGUUUUGGAUGAGCAUGAAAUAUUGCAGCUCUGCAGCAGCUUCUACUGUAAAGCCACAGGUUGGAGGCUUCUUCUGUUUUCAAUACCUAAUGAGGAUUAUUGGAUUCUGGCAAUAAAAUUGAUAUCAAAGCAAUGUCAAAAUUAACUAAUUUAAUAUGCUCUAAAUCAGAGUAUUUACAAAGAGCACAGUAGCCACUGACACCACUGUAUAGAGGGUUACUACACAGAUUAUAUUUUAUAAAUUUAGUGUUUCAAGGAAUGACAGUUUACCAACUGAAUACAGUUGCAGAUAAUAUGAAUAUUAGCUGCUCAUAGAUUUGAAAAACAUUUCUGAAAAUUAUGGAGCAUAAAACCUUAUUCUGUCUUUGUCUGUAUUCAGAAGUUUACUUUUCUAAUUUCACCAACAGAAACAACAUAAACAUUUCUGAAUAUGAUAUUUUGAAAGAAAAUAUCAAAAAAUUUGUACCCAAUAUGGCGACAGUGAAGUUUAUUUCCCAUUUAACCAGAACUACACAAAGUGUUUUACAACCUCUAUUUGCAAAACAUCUCCCUUAAGGAUGCAUUAAUUGAUCGUUACUAACAUGUUAAUAGCUAGCAAAGCAUCCAGCUAUAAGGUUUGGAGAGAACCUUUAAGAGAAACAAUAAAUCUACACCAACAGAAACGUUUUUCCUCCUCCUCCUAUUAUUAUCUGAGAGCUGCAACGUACAAAAGCUGUCCAGCUGAUGCAAAUGCUCAUAAAAGCAGCAUGCUAUUUGUGGCAUUUGUCACGUAAUAUGUGGCAAUUGUUUUACUCCUUAAAAAAUGGUGAAGUUAAUGCAUCAUCAAUAUGAAUUUUCUUUACAUGCACUAAGAAAGAAAAAAAAAUGUAUAGUUUAGUUAGAAAUAUAAGUGUGAGUUGUUCACUGAUAAAUGAAGACAGCAAUAUUUAUACAACUGUACUUUUUAUUCUGUUAUUAGUAUUCAAAUUAUAUAUUUCUAAUUGUUGUUUUUUUUUAUUCUAUUUUAUUUAUCUAAAUUUUUCUCUCUUAAAAUGAGAUUUGAUCACUAUCUUGUUUACUAAGUUGUACCAAUAUGUAAUUAUCCGUUUUACAGCAGCACAAGGUAAAGAAAACAGUGUAGUUAGUUGAAUUAUUACUGAUAUCAGUGUACUUCUCACAAUUUUUUUUGUCUCGUGUUUAAUUUUCCAGUCAGCUUUAAUAUAACUGGCAUGCAGAUGUGAAACAAUGACUAUCAGAAGCAAAAUAGCUUUACUGUAUUUGUUCAUGCUCCAAAUUAUUAUGUUUAAGGCUGCAGCUCUCAGAUAAUGCUUUCCCAUACAAGCAAAAUACAAAAACAGCCUCAUUUUUUUGGAGAUUCUCCUCACUGUCCAAAGUUAAAAUCCUUCUCUAACAAUCUUGGUGGUUUUCCAACUUGGAACCAUAGCACACUCAGCUCAGGUGUGACGUUUGACCUUUGAACUCCAAGACAAAUGAAACGCAGAAUAAUUUCAGGGAUAGAUAAAGGAAAAUAGACAUUCCAAUGCUUUUGUCAAAGAGUCAAAAAAAUAAAAAUAAAACUUUGCUCAAACCAAAUGAUUAAUAGAUAAGUUCAUGUAACUAUAGUGAAGGAGCUCUUUUGAGACCCAGAUGGAUUGGCAAUAAAAAAAAAAAGUCAGACUUCAGUUGGAAAAAAGUCUUCUUCUUUAGCAAAUAAGUGGAAUAAAUAAAAUUAAGUUUCUGUGUCUGUUUUUUCCAAGAGAAAUUACCAGGUUUCUUAUUAAACAUUCCCUGGCAUCACCUUUUCACCAAGCCACAUGUCAAACAUCAGCCACAGGUUAAAGUUAUUCCCAUUUUCCCAACAUAAACAGAUAAAUACUUUUCACCCUUUGUGUCGAGAGAUGCUGCUGUAGAGCUCAAUUAAAAAAAGGCUGGGACUUUGUGUAAAAUAUAAGCAAAACAGAAUUUAAUAAUUUGUAAAUGUUAUAAACCCAUAUUUUUUGUGCAAAUAAGCUUAGUAGACAUACCAGGUGUUUAAAUAAUGAUAUUGGGGCAUUUUCAUAAUAUAGUGGGAUAACCUUUAAUUAAAUUGCACUAAAAGGUGGGUAGGGUUUAUCCCUGAAGCGUCCUCUCUUCCUUUAAGAAUUGUGUGUAAAUGUCCCGUUCUUCUCUGAUACCCUAGGUUGCAUGGUUUGCCACCCUCUCAAGUGCCACAUAUUUUCAGUCAGUUAAAGGUCUGGACUGCAGGUACAGUUCAGCACUCGCACUCAUCCACUAAUAAGCUUUGUUGUUAUGGAUGCAGGUGGUUAAACAUUGUUAUAGUUCUAUAGACCUCAGGCAUCCAGAAUUUGCCAGCUUUGACUUUGGCACACACAUUUUCUAAUUUUUAUCAUGAUUUGAUGAUCGAUAGAUAAUGUGAUGUUCCAUCUUCCUAGUUUCCAUUAAGAAACUUUUUUUUGUGGGGGAAAUUGUUCCACUAUUGUGAAAUGUGUUUUUUCACAGACUGGUAAACGUUAAGAGAUCCAGACUUCUUACUAUACUCAGUACUGUUACUGACCAACGGGGAAUUAGUUGCAAUGUGCUCCUCCAGCUUCUUAUUGUGCCUCAGUUCGAAGGAUUUCAAAAGUUUUCUAAUUUCCUGGUUUAAACGGUUGUUUGAAAACUUUCUGGGAAUGUUGGCAAAUCUGACAGAAUUUCAAUAAGUAGUUAAUUUUUUAUUCAUUCGUUUAUAAAAGUUGAUCUUUCUAAAAGUCAGAUUUCAUAUACCGGUAGAUUGA